UUGUGUAGGCAGUGAAGGUGAAAAUGAUCGAGAUAGGUACUGAAGCAGGUGAGCCUAGGGCUGUGAGUGCUGGGAAGAGGCGGCACCCACGCCUUCCAGUUAGCUAGAUCCUCAGGGUAGCAGGAAGCUAGUGGAGAACUGUAAUUGGGAAAGUGGGUGUGUUAAGAUGUGUCCUGUUUGUUUUUAGAGUCACCCUGACAAUGUGUACAAAAUGGAUUGAAAACAGGCAAAGGCUUAUCUGAAGACCUAAGUUAGGAGGCUCUUAGAAUAGUUGUGAUGUGAUGCUUGCCCAAAAUGGACACCCAGGCCUCUGAAGGAAGACAAGGACUCCGGGAGGACCCCCCUGAAUUAUGAGUGGAAGGAGGUGCCAACCUCAGGAUAGGAUUUGUGACCCGGAAGAAAAGCUCUGACCUCCACUGUGGCUCUCAGUGCUGGCCAGAAGCCCACUUCAUGUCUAAGCGCACGAGCAGCAGUUUGCCAUGGAGAGCCUGGGGAUGCAGACGGUGACCCUCAGUGAUGGGACGACAGCCUACAUCCAGCAGGCCAUCAAAGGAGAGAAGCUGCUUGAAGGGCAGGUGAUCCAGCUCGAGGAUGGGACCACAGCUUACAUCCAUCAAGUGACGGUACAGAAAGAAUGUCUCUCCUUUGAGGAUGGGCAGCCUGUGCAGCUGGAGGAUGGCAGCAUGGCCUACAUACACCGCACACCCAAAGAGGGCUAUGACCCCAGCGCCCUGGAGGCCGUCCAGCUGGAAGACGGUUCCACCGCCUACAUCCACCACCCCGUGGCUGUGGCGUCCAACAGCACCAUCCUUGCUGUGCAGACAGAGGUGGGCUUGGAGGACCUGGCCGCAGAGGACGAGGAGGGCUUCAGCGCAGACACAGUGGUAGCCCUGGAGCAGUAUGCCAGUAAAGUUCUGCAGGACAGCCAGGCUCCCCAUAAUGGCAAAGGGCAGCAGACCGGAGACCGAGCGUUCCGCUGCGGCUACAAGGGCUGUGGGCGUCUCUACACCACUGCACAUCACUUAAAGGUGCAUGAGCGAGCUCAUACAGGUGACCGCCCAUAUAGGUGUGACUUCCCCAGCUGUGGAAAGGCUUUUGCCACAGGCUAUGGGCUGAAGAGCCACGUUCGCACCCACACUGGAGAGAAACCUUACAAGUGCCCAGAGGAGCUGUGCAGCAAGGCCUUCAAGACCUCAGGAGACCUGCAGAAGCAUGUCCGCACCCACACCGGUGAACGCCCAUUCCGGUGCCCUUUUGAGGGCUGCGGCCGCUCCUUUACCACAUCCAACAUCCGCAAGGUCCAUGUGCGCACCCAUACGGGCGAGCGGCCCUACACCUGCCCUGAACCCCACUGUGGCCGUGGCUUCACCAGUGCCACCAACUACAAGAAUCACGUGCGCAUCCAUACAGGGGAGAAGCCAUACGUUUGCACCGUGCCAGGCUGCGGGAAGCGCUUCACCGAGUACUCAAGCCUGUAUAAGCACCAUGUGGUGCACACGCAUUGCAAGCCCUACACCUGUAGCACCUGUGGCAAGACCUACCGGCAGACCUCCACCCUGGCCAUGCACAAGCGCAGUGCGCACGGCGAGCUGGAAGCCACAGAGGAGAGCGAGCAGGCCCUCUACGAACAGCAGCAGCUGGAGGCCGCCUCUGCAGCUGAAGAGAGCCCACCACCCAAACGACCCCGCAUCACCUAUGUUUCGGAGGUGAAAGAAGAGGGUGAUGACAUCCCAACCCAGGUGGCCAUGGUGACUGAGGAAGAUGGGGCUGCCCAAGUGGCUCUCAUCACUCAGGAUGGUACCCAGCAGGUCAGCAUCUCCCCAGAGGACCUGCAGGCCCUGGGGAGUGCCAUCAGCAUGGUGACCCAGCACGGCAGCACCACCCUCGCCAUCCCCAGUCAUGACGACGACCUGGCCACGUCUGGCACGCAUACGGUCACCAUGGUCAGCGCUGAUGGCACGCAGACGCAGCCCGUCACAAUCAUCACUUCUGGAGCUGUGGUAGCUGAGGACUCAAGUGUAGCAUCCCUUCAUCAUCAGCAGGUGGCACUAUUGGCCACAGCCAAUGGCACCCACAUUGCAGUGCAGCUGGAAGAGCAGCAGACCUUAGAGGAGGCCAUCAGCGUAGCCACUGCUGCCAUGCAGCAAGGGACCGUGACUUUGGAGACGGAAGUGUCGGAGAGUGGCUGCUGAGCCCGAGGCCUGGGAACCGCACCUCAUCAGAGGAGGUGCCACGCUGCACAGGCACGCCUGCCACCAGGGGUCCUGGCUGCGGCUAGCCCAUGGGAGGUGGCCGCACAUAGGUUUCUGAGGCAAAAAGGCAGCAGGAAAACAGCCUACCUGAAGGGGAUGGAGCCUGUCUCAGAUGGGGAGUGGGUCAUCAUCAGACACUGAGGGGAGCCUUCCCUUACAGAGGACCCACUUCCUGCCUUCAGUUCACCUUUGUUCUCAGGUGGAGAGUGGGCAGCGGUGGGCUGGCCCUCUAUCCUUACUGAUCCCGGCCCAGCAGGGGAGAGAUCAGCUGGCUCUUUAGCUGAGUUGGGACAGAACAGGCCUGGCCCAGCCCUGCUCAGCGCCCCCCCCCCCCCCCCCAGCAAUAACCACCUCCCCAGAGGCUGGAGGCCAACCCAAGAUACCUGGCCGCUCUGCACCAGGGACUCCCUGCCACCACAGUCAGAAUUAAUUCCUCAGGGGCCUGUGGCUGGAGAAAAGGUGCCCAGCCCACACCACCCUCAACUGCCCCCAGCCCAGAGAGGCAGAAGAACAGUCCUGUAUAUAUAUAGACUGGCUGGCGCUUGGGUUUCAUUUGUUUUGGUUUAUUUUUUUUAAUUCCAUUUUGAUAAUUUGUUUCUCCUGCUGUGGGUGGUGGUGGCAGCAGCAAAUUGGUGAAUGAGUAUUUAAUAAAAGUUCCCAAGUUUCCACCU